GGGAAGGAGAAUAGUACAGGAGAGACAGCGACUCCUAGACGCCUCUUAAGCUACAUACUCUUCGCGUUCUCAAAUCUUUACUCUACUAGCGUCCAUCCGUUCUUCCCUAUUCGCUGUUUAAUUUGGGAUGGAUCUCGGCGUGGGGAGACUGGCGGCGCGGAUCCCCCUCCGACCUCGCUGUUCCCGAGACGAUUCGCGACGCCCGGAGAAAGGGAAAAACGACAAAGGUGAUAGACUGUCUACAGAUUGGGACAAAGCUUGGUCCAGCUUCCGGAAGCGGGGAAAGAAAUCCUUCUUCUCAAAGUUUACACCAGACAAAUAUGUCAGCUGGAAUCCACGGCGUUCUGAAUACCCAUUGUCAGAAGAGGUUGAUCCCAUCAAAAGAACAGAGAGAUCCAACCUCCAGUUAUGGACAAGUCCAAAGUUCACUCUGGGAACAGAUUAGCAAUGAGCUGAAGAAAUAUUUUGACAAUAUGAAUCUGUAGAUAGAGAUCACCAGAUUGGCAGAUUUACUAGCUGUCCAGUCUGAAUCUCAUAUCAGUACCAACAUCAUUUCUGGCAUUUUUUUAAUGUUUUCCAUGAGUAUAUAAUAACCAGUUUGAUCUGAAAACGGGGCAAUCUAGUGCCUUCCACAUGCUAAUCAUAUGAACAUGUUCUUCAGACUUGGGCCAGUGCACAUCGUACCUUCUUCGGCCUUUUGGCUAAGAUCAAGUUAGUAUAUGUUCUUAUCACUGGUCAAGUGCAUAUCUCUCAGUUGAAUUUUGUAAGUAAAUUAUUAUGCUUUAAAAUUCUAAGAUGUCUCCAAGGUCUUCAGUUUUUAGGUACACUUGAACACUAACAAUUACAGGCUUAUGUUGUCUCUGAAGGAUAUUA